GUUGCCCCACAGCGAGAAAGUGGAACAUGAAAUCUGGUCAUGGUCACUGAGAGAAACGCUGCCUUCCAAAUUGCUAGUGUUUGCUAUUUGCUAAGUGAUAACUUAGCAAGGUCAGAUAUGGUCCUUUAUCUCAUGCAGGGUUGGUACUCUCCUCUUGGCUUUGGAUUGAGGUCGACUUGCGCUAUAAAUACUCCAUAAUGCCCCGGCUGAGUCUACAUCACAUCUGUCACCAUGUUGAAGCUCAUUUUCUGCACCUUACUCCUGGGAUAUGUCCACGGCUGUGGCAAAUCGGCGUAUCCGCCACACUUCUCUCGCGUCGUCGGCGGGGAGGAUGCCAGACCCCACAGCUGGCCUUGGCAGGUCUCCCUCCAGUACAACAAGAAUGGCGUUUGGGCUCAUACCUGCGGUGGGACCCUGAUUCAGUCCAACUGGGUCUUGACAGCCGCCCACUGCAUCAGCUCCAGCCGGACUUACCGGGUGCUUCUGGGCAAGCAGAACCUAGAAGAGGAAGAGGCUGGUUCUGUGGCUGUUGCCGUGGAGAAAACGAUUGUCCACGAGAAGUGGAAUUCCUUCCUGGUGCUGAAUGACAUCGCCCUCCUCAAACUUGCUGAGCACGUCGAGUUCAGCGACACCAUCCAGCCCUCUUGCUUGCCUGCUGAAGGGGCCGUGCUGGCCCAGGACUAUCCAUGCUUCAUCACCGGAUGGGGCCGCCUGUGGACCAAUGGGCCCAUAUCCGACAACCUUCAGCAGGCCCUGCUGCCCGUGGUGGAUCACCAGACGUGUACCAAGCGUGACUGGUGGGGCUCCAUGGUCCGGACCACGAUGGUGUGUGCAGGAGGAGAUGGUGUCACUUCCGGCUGCAAUGGGGAUUCCGGAGGUCCUCUGAACUGCCAAGGCGGCGACACUUGGGAAGUGCACGGGAUCGUGAGCUUUGGAUCUGGGCUGGGCUGCAACACAAAGAAGAAGCCGACCGUUUUCACACGGGUGUCUGCCUACAUCCCCUGGGUCAAUGAGAAAAUUAGCCAGAACUAAGGAACCCAACCUUUUAUGUCGUGGAUCAAUGCGGCAAAAGCUUAAUAAAAAAUAAUAAUC